UCCGGCGUUUCCCUGCCGGAGGAGUUCCUCUACAACUACACCGAGUUCCGUACGCUGGAGGAAGCCGAAACCGAGCACCACCUGGGCCCGCAGGUCGUGCACAUCUACGAGAUCCGCAACGAAGGCCCGUCCACGAUCGACGAAGCCGAGUUCUUCGUGCUGUGGCCAUACGAAACGAACGACGGAGAUCCGCUGAUGUACCUGCUGGUCCCACCGGAAACCAGCGGCAACAUCAAGUGCCAACCGAGCAGCUACAUCAACACCCGUGACCUGAUCGUGGAGAACCCCCGAAAGAGCUACCUCGAGAAGGUCGGCGCCUCCUCGGUGAACCACGACUCCUCGUCGUACGCUUCGCGCACGGAGUACCGCGGUUCUUCCGCGGCAGGGUCCGGAAUCUCCGGAAUCCAUCGGGAAACUACGGUCGGUGGAUCGAGCUCCGCUUCCAGCUCUCGCGGCGCAGCCGCUCAACGAACCAACACCGUCCUGACGGAGACCGACAAGCGUCGGCUGGACGCCGAGGAGGAGCAGGAAUCCACCGGGGACGCUUCGUACGUGCAUCGGCAGCGAGCGGAGAGCGCGUCGCAGUACUCGGCGGCGGCUGCUGCGAGUCAGCAGCGAGGAUCGGGUGCUUCCGGUCAAGGAUCUUACAGUCGAGGAUCGUCCGCUUCGGGAUCUUCGAACUCAGAGUCUGCUGCGACGGGAUCGUACAGCUCCGGAACUUCCAGCCAAGCUGCGCAAGCCGCUUCAAGCCAAGGAUCCUACGCUCGAGGCUCGUCCGGAGCAAGCAGCGGAGGAUCGUCCCGCGAGUACUCCUACUCGAGCAGCUGGAACUCCUCGAGCGUCAACGGUGGCCCGGCGGUCACGUACACUGCCAGCCGGAACCGCACCGUCCAUCGGGGUGAGGACGGUCGGGUGCUGGUCAGCGAGAGCAGUACGGAGCACUACGGCGGCAAGUCGGUGGCGGCGUUCGGCGGGAUCGGAGCGAACGUCGACGGGCAGGUGCUGAAUCGGGAGGACUUUAGCGACGUGUACCGGCAGCAGGAGGAUCGCGCGAGCGCGAGUCGUGGAGCGACAGCCGGAGGUUACCGGCAGAGUGCCAAGCCUUGCACAGGAAACGUGGGACUGAUUGAGAGUCUGUUUGCGAGUGACGCUUCAAGAUCCGGGUACUCGUCCGCUUCGUCGACGGCUCAGUCGUCCGGAUCCAGCUACGGCAGCGGCAGUGGAGCAAGCCGGAUCUACAAGACUGAAUCGAGUCGUUCGGAGGACGUUAGCCAGGACAUUUCCGGGUUGAGUUCGCGAACUCACGCAGCGAUUCAGGGCAGUGAGUCUGGUGCGCACGGGCGGCGAAGGAUGCACAGCCAGCAGGACGGCGAGGAACAGCGACCGGAUCUGAUCACGGGGGUGUCGACGCUCGAGCGGGUAGCGCAGGGUCGGGGAGGAUUGACGACGGGGCUGGAUUUGGGAACGCUGAACCGGCAGAACGUGGACGAGGAGGUGAGACAGAGCAGUGGAGGUAGCGGAAGGUAUUCCGGAGGAAGCAGCUCGACGUACGAGUCGUACGGAGGAGGAGCUGGAGGAGCAGGUGCCGGAUAUUACGGAGCUCAACAGGCUGGCUCGGCUUCGUCGAGCAGGACUCAGACGAGUUCGUCGUCGGCUUCUUCGCACAGUAGCAGUUCCGGAUCGAGUCAUCGGCAGCAAAGUGGAGGUGGAAGCAGCUACUCCCAGCAUCAGCAAGGAGCGGCCUACGGAGGAGUUCUGGGUGAGGAGGAUCUGGACGACUACGAGUACGAGGACGGAGAGGACGGCUACGACAACGCUGGAUCCAACUAUGGAACAAACUACCAGCAUCAAUCGCGAGCUCACCUGAACCAGGGUCACGACGCCGUAGACCAGCGGUUCAAGCACUACCAGCAGUUCGACCGCCGGCAGCGCCGGCAAGCAGUCGAAGACGAGAACGACCGCGCCCUGGACGAGGCGCUCCAGUGUCGGGCGACCCGGUGCGCCAUCAUCCGCUGCAUGGCCGGUCCCAUCGGCGACAAGGACGUGGCCUUCAUCGGACUGCGGUCACGGAUCGUGGCCCACACGCUGCACAAAAUCUCGUCCGGAUCGUCGAUCAACUUUAGCACGAUGACGGUGGCUAGGGUCACGCGACUACCGUACAUUGGCCGCCCCAAGGAGAUGCCCAUCAAGACGCACGAGAUCCAGGUGGUGGCCAAGCCGGAACCAAUCCCGACGCCGGACGUGGUUCCGCUGUGGAUCGUGGUGCUGGCGGCCUGUGCCGGAACCAUCAUCUUGUUGCUGCUCAUCUACCUGCUGUCGAAGUGCGGUUUCUUCAACCGAAACCGGCCGACAGACUCCCAGGAGCGGCAACCACUGAACCGAAAUGGAAACUAUCACGGCGACGAGCACCUGUAAAAAAAAGGUGGCCACCCUAUUAACGUGUAUAAGAAACGCUUAACGGAGAGAAAUAUUUCAGAAACGAGCAACGGAGGACGGUUGUGACUGUAGAACAGUCGGGGGAAAAAGAAUUUCAGACGAAAUUUGAAAUUUUAACGAACAAAUUUAGGAAAACAAAAAGAGAAUGGUCACAAUUGAAGCGAAUUGCAGCCUAUUUUCUUCCCUACGAUGUAAGAUUAAUUUAUUUUUUAUUAUUUUAUUAUUUUGAGUAAAAAAGCGUUCGAACUGCUCCGAAAAACGAACAAACGAGGUUAAGAAACAGGGCGCACAAGUUUAUUUUUUACAGAAACACUAACCGCUUGAUGUGAUUCCAUCGCCGUGCCAACCGUAAGCAGUGUUGCCAACCUUAACCGAUGUCAGAUCUGACAGCGCGCAUAGAGUAAGCGAAAGUGUCAAACUUGAACUAACUAGUCAAUUUAAUUGAAUCUAACCGAAUUUGCGACACACUUUUGUCACGAGAGAGAGAGAACGCGCGCGCGAUAACAAUUUUAAACUUAAUGUUGAUCUUUCCCCUUAAUAGUGCAAUUAAAAUGACAAAAAAUAGCGGAAAGCAGGAAAAGAGAAUUAUUUUGAAGGCAGCAAAUUUCCCCUUCCCAAAAUAGCGUGUAAGAAGUAAUAAAAUUCAAGCAUCAAUGGUAUCGUAGUUAUUUAUUUGUUAGGAUUUCAUACAAAGUGCCUCUAGAGAAAGAAAAGUGGUUGGUUUCGGUGCCAUUUUUAAAACGCGUAAAACAAAUUAAAUUUAAACAAAAUUGUUAAACGAUUACUUUAGGCGGAGCUAGGUGGCUUCAAACUCAUUACGUAACAAUUUAAAGUGUAUUUGUCCAACCUUUUCUUGUGUAAAUUAUUUACUUAAAAGUUUAAUCGAUAACAAUAACCGUGUAACCGUGUUUGUUGUGGGCACCGUCAUUCGAAAUCGCACGAAAAUCUGACGUUUCAAAAAUCAUGUUUGAGUUGAUUUUGAGCGAUUUUGUGUGAGAGUGCACGCUUUGAGAUAGCAAACUAAAUAUUUCUUUCAUGAAAAUUGACUUUUUUAAAUUAAAUUUAUUAUUUUUACGUUUGCUUUAGUUUGAAAUCGACUUCACUAAUGAUGAUCUUCACGAGUUGACUGUAAAUAUUUGUCUUUUUUUUCUGUGCAAGCGAGCAAAAAUGAAACGAGAAAAUGAAAAUAAAACGUAUAACACAA